AUGACUCGCAAGUGCUGUGGAGGACAGUUCAACCGUACCCCGCACAACAGCAUGAAUACCGAACCGGAAACCAUAGUUCUGCGUUCGACUCUACCCAAACCGGCGCCCCGUUGGGCGGACUUGUCCACUCGGGCUAAGUUGGAGGCUGCACCUUCGGGUGCACCUUCGGCUGCACCUUCGCCUGCAGCAUCGGGGAAGCAGCAACUGCUUCACCCCGUGCUUCAGGUGCUCAACCAACUUGAAAGGAACCAUCCGCAAGAAUCUGAUACCAUAUCCGGUAUCAAACAACACCUCAGGUCCUAUGUGGAGCAAGAUGGUGACGCCACACCCGCCUCCAUAUUUGGUGCAAGAUCUGCACCAUCCGCUUUCAGACCACUCACUCCUCCGGACCUCGCCAGACAACUGGCUCCAACGCAGGAAGCAAGUCCCGUGAGCCUUUCGGACGUGACCUCGAUCGACCUCGACGGCCAUGAACCCAACUGGGUCAUGGAUGGUGCAGGGUGCGACGACUUUUUGGAGCCAAUCCUCAAGGUCGUUCGCAACCUCGCCUCCGUCCUCGGCAGCAGUCUUAAUAUCACCGGCCGCAAAGAGGAUAAGGCCAUCUCAGUCACACACAAUCACUCCGAGGCCGCCUCCUGCAACCCAGGCUGCUGGGCAUUCGAGAUCCCGGCCAACCACCAUGACUACAUCCCAGAAAAAUGUGCACCACAAAGGUGCCCACCCGCACCUUGCCCAAGCGCACCUACGAAAACCAACCAACUACUAAGCAACGUGCAUCCACAGGGAUACAGAACUACAGUUAGAAUACCUUUAUGA